AUGUCGUCUAUCGCUUCCGCCACUGGCCGGAGCCUUCUUGGAAAGUCCAUAAAGCCAGCUGCCGUCAGAAACUCCUCCUCCAUUUCCGCCCUUGCUUACAAGACCAUGCAUCGCAACUCCAAACGUCCGCCGGUACCAACUAUGGACACUCCAACCUGGUCUACCAACGCUGCCGUCUCAUCCAUCUUGUAUGAAACUCCAUUACCUUCCAAGGCCCCGACCAAGCAGCACAUUUUGAACUGCUUAGUGCAGAACGAGCCGGGUGUGUUGUCUUUGAUUUCUGGGACUUUGGCUGCCAGAGGCUUCAAUAUUGACUCCUUGGUAGUGUGUAACACUGAAGUCAAGGACUUAUCCCGUAUGACCAUUGUCUUGGCUGGCCACGAUGCUGUCAUCGAGCAAGCGAGGCGCCAGAUUGAGAGCUUGGUCCCAGUAUAUGCCGUUUUGGACUACUCCGAUUCUCAGAUUAUCCAGAGAGAGUUAUUGUUGGCCAGAGUUUCAUUGUUGGGUCCAGAACACUUCCAGGAGUUGUUGGCCCACCACAACAACGAGUACACUGACUUGCCAGACUUGACUGCCACCGACUCGCAGUACCAUCCAAGCAACUUGGCCCCAUCUGAGGCCUUGAGACAGAAGCACGCCCACUUACAGGCCUUGUCUUCCUUGUCCCGCGAAUUCGGUGCCAAGGUUGUCGAUGUUUCCGACCGCAACUGUAUCAUUGAGUUGUCUGCCAAGCCAUCAAGGGUCUCCUCUUUCAUCCAGUUGGUCCAGCCUUUUGGUAUUUUGGAAAUCGCCAGAUCCGGUUUGAUGGCCUUACCGAGAACUCCAUUGGUCAGUGCUGAUACCGAUACUCCUAUCAAGGUUGCUGAGGCUGUUGAUGUUUCCCAGCUCCCACCAGGUUAG